CUCACCCCUCGUUCUGUUCCCCCAGCCCACGCUGGCUGUGCUGAGACCCGGGCUUGAGCCCAAACAGCCCCAUGGGCACCACGGUGGGGUGGAAGCUGUUGGGAAACCUGGGGUGUUCACAGCAGGGCCGGGUGCCAGCAGGAAACCCAUGAGAGCCUUGCGGGGUCGGGAGGGCCCCGUGCCUCCCGCACUGAGCCUGGGGACAGCCAGGAAAGUGUCACCAUGGGCAGGGCCUCUACCCAGAUUAGUGCUGGGCUUUUGCUUUUGGCCACUGUCAGAGGAGGGGACUGGGCUAGAAGGAGCCCUUGCGUGUGCAUGACGCGGUUUUAUCAAAAAUAAGGAAACGUGAAAUAUGAAUUUUACUCAUUUAUUCUUAAGAGUCUUUGCUGUCAUCAUCUCUGAUGAAGAUAGGGCAAUGGUGAGUCACAGCCAUAAAAAUGAGAUUGUGAGACCACUUCAGAUGGAAAAUACUUACAGCCAUGAAAUCAGAGUAAUCGGGAAAUCUGUGCUGCUCAGCUCCUAAGUGUGAAAUUCUACUUGGUAGUCUGCAAGUUUUAAGGUGGAAGAAGAAAGAAAGAUUUUGUUCAGAUAUUUUUUUUGUGUGUAGAUAAGGACAUUUUAAGGCAUGUAAAUUUAGUCAUUCUUUUUUCAGUUUUAUUGGGAACUUUGAGACCCAGUACAAGGGUUAAUGUCUUAAAUUCAAGGACUGACGAAAUGACACAACCAAGGUCACUACUGUACAUUAAGAUGUGCACUGUAAGGUACAGUACAUUAAUCAUCAAAGCUGGAGACUAUAUACUAGAUGAGCUCUAUCACAACAUCAAUCAGUUCAGAGCUUACACAGUUGAGUUAUGACUUCUGAGAAUCAGAGACUUUCUCUUCUGCAGUGAUAUUUGCCUCUUUUUCAGCUGACUUCACAAUUAACCAGACUUCUCCAGCUCAAAAAUAUACUUUUUUUUUUUUAAAUUUAAUAGCUGUGUCUCUAGGUUUCUGAGACUUUCAAUUUCUUAAGAUACUAAGAGACUUUCUAGAUCAGAAGAUUGGCCCUACCUUUAUCACACUGCAGUGCUGGAUGUAGUAAAAACCCCCUAACAUCAGAAGUCAAAAAGCAGAACAAAAAAAACACUGCUCAUCAGAUAAAGCAAAAGAAAAAAGUUGAUUUAGAGUCUGCUUCUACAGAAGGCCUCACUCCUCUAUGUACAAGUGAUUAUUCAAAUACCUUGCUGACAAUAGAUAUAAUUAUUUCUAAUUAUUCUUGAUUAAAGUCCUGGAUCUGGGUGGUUACAUCUUGAUGUAUGCAUCAUAAAUGCAGGAGAUAUGGCCUAGAUGAGGAUGAAAAGUCAUUUUAUUUUUCAGUUUAUUAAUUUUUGCUAGAUAAAAGGACUCAGAAAAUUUAAUUUUUAUGAUCCUAAACAGAAGCUCACUGACCUUGUCUUUGUUACAUUUCUUUUUGUAAGUUAAGUAGUAGAACCUCUUCAGUUAUGGAGGUGAAACUCACUGUGUUUUUUAAUGUUUAGGAAGGCUAAAAAACACCUUAGAGUUGUGUGAUUGACACGCAAAUAAUGUGUUUACCGUCUACAAAAUCAACUCUGUAGUGAUGAGUAGGUUAUUCCUAGGAGAAUAUAACCACUGGAGAAGCAGCAGUUAAUUCAAAGUAAUUUAUCUCAAAUUUACAAAGGAAUUUAAAUUUCACGUUUCCUUCUCUUGUACAUUCAACUGUGUUUUUACUACUGUUUAGCAUUUUACAAUUUCACUGGUGCUUAGAAGAUUAUAGUAUGUAUCAGGGAAACAUCUGAACUUUUAAAAAAAUUUUUUUACAUCUUUAUUAAAAGCCAUGACAAAGCUACUGGGUCUGAUUCUGCUACAGCAGAGAGUAGUGUAGGCUGGGGCUGACUGCUGAAGUCAAAGCAUUCUGCAAGCAAAGUACAAAACUGAUUGUAAAGGCCUUUGGUUAAGACCAUUUUUAUUAAAAAUGUGCAUUGAUUUCAGUGGUGUUGUGUCUAAGAAGAUUGUAUCUUCAGACAUGAGGGAGUGCUACAUCUAAACAAAAUAGAUCCUGUCCACCAGCAGCUUGCAGUAUUGGGUGUAUUCCUACAGCAGCAAGCAGAAACUCACUGCCAACUUAAGACUGGAAGUAUCUGACAGCAAAUUGCUAUUGCAGAAAAAUUCUGCUGGCUAAUGAGCUGUAGUUAAUACUUACAUGACAAAUAUGUUUCUGUUUAUUAAUUUUCUUUGAGGUAAUGAAGAAAAAUCUCCAUGUGCAUUUACAAACAUGUAAUCACAUGUUAACUUCUGUCCACUUUUAUUGUAAGCAUGUCAGGCUGCACAAGUAAAGCCCUUCAGGAAAGAGGUGAAAAUAGAUGAGACCUGCUGAAACUCCUUUUGCAUUCUCUUUCCUCCAGAAGCCUUUCCAACGUGUACAACUGCCCCUUCACAAAAGCUUAUCUGUCUAAACAGAACCCAUUGAGUCAAACCACAGCGCUCAUUAGGAGAUGGAUAACAGGGCUGUAUCUGCCCUGCUGGGAGAGGAUCAGCAAAGGAACAGCGACAAAGAUGUCAUCAUGCUAGAAAAUAGUGUCACGACCUGUGCUGGCAGAGGAAAGUUCUCAACCAAUUUUAAGGCUCAAAGUAAUGAAAAUGUAGCUGCAAAGCACUCUCUGCAAAGAGUUUUCUCACUAAGUCAUGCUAACCAAGAAGACAAAGUACUUGCUUCUAAAAUCUCUGAUCCUCUUAAAGUUACUGAAGAACCUCGGGCACAGAUCUUAAAACCUGAUCUAGAGAUACCACAUCAAGCCAAAGCCACAUCAAUACCACUAUCUUUUUUCCCAUCUAAACUACAGCAACUCCUUGUAGCUACAGCGAGAAGUGUCUCUGAAGCAAGGCAAGCUACAGAAACACAAUCUGUAAUUUACAUAUGGCCAGUAAUAAAGGUGCAAGAGAGUUCUAUAUCCUUCUGGCACAAUUUUUCAAAGUCUUUAAUACGAAGCAGCCCAGACUUAACAAGACACUGUUCUAGUCCUGAAGUAACUGAAUAUGAGAAAUGUUCCCAGAUAACCCCAGUGAAAGAGCUUGCACAAGAGGAGCCAGACAGAAAGACGUCAAGAUUCUAUCCUCUUAUUGUAAAGUCAUGUAACAGUGCUGUUUCAGAAAUUUUAGAGUCACUCACCAAUAUCAAGAAUAAGGAUUAUAAGAAUAUGUUAACACUUUCAUGUAUUAGUCCUAUCAGAGAGCAAUUGGAAAUUCCUCUCUUUGAGGGAAAUGCUUUAAUGAUCUAUAAUCAUCAAGUCUACAUUCUGUAUGUAAUGAGGCAUGAAGAUCUGGCGGCAGAGAUGAAAGUAUCUGGCCACCAUAUGUUGUUUAUGAAGACUGUUGUUUGGCUUGUUACAUGUCGCUCUGUUCGUAAACUAACAUUCCAAGAUGCACAUCCACUGCUGUUGAGAGAGCAUGCUGUGAAACACAACAUAAAAUGUCUUACAGCCUGUGCUACCCCUACAGCCCAAAAGAAAACAUCAAAUGAAAUACAUUUCUCUUCACACAAGAGGACUGCAAUCUCUCAGGCUGAGAACUGCUCCCCUCUUGCUGGGAAAAGGCAGCAGGUGGUAACCCAUGAUGAUCAGUUCCUCAGCAAGACUGCAUUCCCAUCCAAAGAAGACUUGCAGAAAAGAAAUGAUGAAAAAGCGCGUUGGGAUAAAGAUAAGAAAAUAAGAAAGAGAUUUGGUCUUGUUAAAGGUGUAAGAGUUGUUCUCAACAGGCUAAGUGCCUCAGAGCUUAGGAAGUUGACCGCCGAACCAUCUGCACUUAAAAAACAAGGUAACCAUUAUGACAGAGAACUAAGGGAAGUGCCACACGUACAUACCUCUCUGUACACAAAUAUGGAGUAUACUUCACCUUGAAGUAUUUAUUACACAGCAUUAGUAUAAAUUUCAAAAUUUUUGAGCAUUUAACCCAUAACAUAAAACAUUUUUUUGUUAGAGAACUUCACUACAGCUACUUCUAAAGUGUCAGGAUCUGGUGCUUCCCCUCCCCCCCUGCCCAGGACUUUCUCCAAAAACUGCAGAUAAAAUGCCAGCUACUGCUGAAGUCUUUUCUGACUCUGCCUUCUCUUUGGAAUUCAUGCAGCUGCAAUGGAAAGUAGAAAAAGUGCCUGCUGAUCUUACUGAUAGUAGUGGUUUGCAGUCUGUGCGCCAGUGUGUCUUGUGGGCGGAAACAGGAAGCUCUUCAUGCCUGUGCUGGGCUCUUCCUGGUUUGAGCAUUGCUCUUCAUUUCAAGUGAAGGUGCCAGAGGCCCAAGCCACGUGUUUAUAGUCAUUGACCUGCUUUUGAGAAAGUCUUACCCUAUGGCUUUGCUUAGAAGUACUAUUUGGCAGUUUUGCCUGGUAUCAUCAGAGCCUCUGGGAACAGGUGUUUGCUUUCUCUAGUCCCUGACAUUUUAAAACUCUCAGUUCAUAUUCACCUUUUGUGUCCAUUUUAUAUUUUUCUACAACAAAGCUCUUAAGAUUUUUUCAGCAGGUAGACUGGACAUAAAUUUCCAGAAUCCUGUAUAAUUUCAAUAUACUUUUUUUCAAGUGAUCAGUAAUAAAUCAGCAUUUCUCCUCAAUCUGCUUAUUAUCUCAUAUCCAGCACUUAACUUCCAUUUCUGUCAACUGGAUUUUAAGCCAUCAUCACCCAGCCUUUCCAAGAUCUUUGACAAUGGUCUGUUUUUGUUGUCUCUAGAUGGGGAGCAUCAUUGAUGUGUUGUCAGCAUUCAUGAAAAUAUACUAUGCCUUCUUGUGAAAUAUUUCAAGGUCAGCUAGAGCAAAACUCUCAAAAGAAUAUGUUAAACCACAGGUACAGCUCCUGGUUUAUUUUUUCCUUUGUGCUAGUCCUCAAAUGAAAGUAAUAAAAUUAGUAUUGGCUGUCAUUUCUCCUAAAAUUUCCUUUCCAGUAAAUAUGCCAAGGCAGACCCUUAGGAUAAUCAAAUUUUUAUGGUGUUUCUCCAUUUAUACAUGUUAUAAUUUCUCAACAUGUGUUCAGAAAUCAGAUAAGAUCAAGUACCUAGCAAAAUGUUUCAUUUUUGGCUGAUUUAUACAAAUGCUUCCACUUGCUUUUGAGAAGUUUCAGUUACACCUGAAAACUACUAAUUACAGUGUUAUUAGUAGUUCUCAUUAACCUGAAGCGUUAUUGUGACUGCUUUUCAAUAUUUUCUGCUGCCAUGUCUUUUCCUUUGCAGAUUACAUUCAUUUUAUUACAUUCUAUCAUUUCACACAGACCGUGUACUUUGCAUGUAGUCAUUCAAGUAAUAAAAAGAUGUUACAUCCUC